AUGAAUGACCCUUCGGUCACUCAUCCUUGUACCAAAGAUGACCCUUGGGUUACUCUUCUUGGUACCAAGGAUGACCCUUGGGUCACUCACCUUGGUACUGUGGAUGACCCUUGGGUCACUCAUCCUGGUACCGAGGAUGACUCUUGGGUCACUCAUCCUGGUACCGAGGAUGACCCUUGGGAUGACUCUUGGGUCACUCACCCUGGUACCGAGGAUGACUCUUGGGUCACUCACCCUGGUACCGAGGACGACCCUUGGGUCACUCAUCCUGGUACCGAGGAUGACUCUUGGGUCACUCACCCUGGUACCGAGGAUGACUCUUGGGUCACUCAUCCUGGUACCGAGGACGACCCUUGGGUCACUCAUCCUGGUACCGAGGACGACCCUUGGGUCACUCAUCCUGGUACCGAGGACGACCCUUGGGUCACUCAUCCUGGUACCGAGGACGACCCUUGGGUCACUCAUCCUGGUACCGAGGACGACCCUUGGGUCACUCAUCCUGGUACUGUGGCUUAA